GAUACAACCACCGCUCAUGAGCUUCAGCCAAGCACGCCGAGACGCCCCGGCGGCAACAGCCGAUGCAGAGGCACGAAGGCAGAAGCGAGCUCCCAAGCCCGGACAGUUCCAGGCGCAUCAAGCCACUCGGGCAGACUUCGAACGGGCUCUGAACGCUUUCAAGGUCCUGCCCGACGUCGACGUCGGAGGCCGGCGCCUGCGCCGUUCCGAGCAGCGGAAGGUUAGCGGUCGCGUCUUUGGCGCCCCCUCGGGCACAGGUCCCCAGGCGGCCACUGGUGACCUCCCGGAUCAGAGGCGCCUGAGGAAACCCACGAAACUCAGCCACUCUUCCGAAAGUAACCUCGAGGACAAGCUUGGACGUCGUGAGUUCUUUGACAUCUUCACCUGGGCGGACAAGUAUGCACAGCUCAUCGGUCGGCCAGACGUGCGGCCCCAUGCGCAGCAGCGCAGCUUGCUGGAUGGGAUUGAAUCCCAUCUCCUGCUGGCUGAAAAGGAAGGCGACAUCGAGGACCUGAGCACUUCUGCCUCGGAUUGUGAUGGUAAGCUCGAGUCGAUCAAGGAGAGCCCUGCGGUGCCUUCGCUCCAGGUGCGGCGCAUGCUGCAAAGUUUGCUGCCCGCACGCAGCAGCCUCGACAUUCCGCUUGAGAUGGUGGCUCGCCUGGAGCACUUGGUUGAGCUGGCAGAUCGAGUGGAGUCAAAGAAGAG